AAAGUUGAAAAUGGACUCAGAUGAAGACUCAGAUGAGGAUAGUGAUGAAGAUGACGACGAUGAUGAUGACGACGAUGACGACGACAAAGAGGUAAAGGCUGUUGAAAAGAGCCCCAUCAAAACCCCUCAAAAAAGAUCAAAGCGGGUACAUACCUGCUCUGUGAGGACUGAUUCCUGCCCUGAGGAGGGACGACAGACGAGCACUUCUGUCACAUGCUCUCUCAUCCCCCCAUCCUGAAUGCUUUCUUCUCUUCUCACAGCGUUUCAAUCUCUCACUCUCUCUUUCUUUAGCCGUCUCGAGACGUCUCUAUCUUUGAAC